AUGGCUAAUACGUCUCAUUGCUCGAAUGACAGCAGCAGCGAAGAUGAUUUUGAUAUCGACGAGGGUUUCUUGUCGAGUCCUGACGAUGAAAGUAGUCCAUUCAAUCUAGACGAUGUCCCUUCAGGAGUUGAAUCAGAAGACCCUCUGCAACAACGAGAGGUGUUCGAUGGUAUCUUUCUUGCUCGCGAAGGCCAAGACAAUACCGGCCCUACGUGGGAGCAGACUCCCAUCUGUAACAUGCCUCUCUCUGCCUUUGAGAGAUUGUUUCGCAGGAAGGACAAAUCUAGCGCUGCAAGCUCCUUACUGCGCCGCACCAACCUCUGUAUUGAUCCUCAGUUCACCUAUGCCUCUGACGACAGCAGGUUGCUAUGGGAUGCAUCUAGACAUUUCCUUGACUUCGUUCUUGUGGUCUCAGGCAACAUGGGCCUGGAUGCUUUCCUCCCCAAUACAAUUUCUGAUCACACAUUCACCGUCACUCUAGACUUCCGCUCGCAAACCAAGCAGUUCAGACCCAAGUUUGGGAAGCUCGGUUUUGACCCUACAGGCUCUAUGAUGGCAAUUGGGAACGGCAGUGCCUGUGAGCUGUGGCUAGGAUUUUGCCCCCUUGCUAACGUAGAGGACCUCUCUGUGGCUGAUGAGGCUCCUCUGCUCAACGAAAAGAAGCACGGCGACACGCGACUGUCAUCCCGCCACUUUCGCAUGGCUGUGAUGUUCAUGGCCUAUGCAUUAGCAAAAAUACCUACCAUGCCUAUUCACUUAAUGCAUACGUAUGGUACUGACGAGGACUUUUCUUCAUGGAAAAUCAAAGAUGUUACGAACCUUUACGCAACGCCCACUCUCACCCUUCGUCUCGAUGAUCUUAAGUCGCUUCACCAAAUCAUGGUCUCGGCGUGGGAUGCGUGGGUUGAAGAGGCGCCGCCUUCGUGGAAGGUGGAUGGUUGGCUGGACUCUCACGUCCCUCUCUCGGUAGCUUGUCGCUAUGGGCAGAAUCAGCCCAUUGCCAGUUCAGACCCCGAUGCGCGUAGCGUUGAAGAAAGGAAUUGGCAAGUUGAGCGGGAAUACUCCAAUAUUCGCUAUCUAUCUAUGGCCAUUGCAACAGAUCUUACCUGCAAACCAGUCCGUAGUUGGCAGGAGGUUCCAAAUGAGGAGAUUCUGGAAGCGCACAAUAUUAUAUAUGAUUCUCCAGAUCCAAUGUUCCGACAACCUGCCAACCUGGAUGAUUUUCCAGCUCGAGAUCCCCAGACUCAGAAGGAGAACAACAUAUAUGAUGAAGAGGGUCAUCGCAUUCCCCGUUUUCAUGGUAUAUGUAGCAGCAACACCAAGCCUUGCGGCGUGCUAAUUAAUCUGGAGACUAUUACGGAGUUGUUCUCUACAUUCAUUCCCGACGAUGACAACAUGGCGCUCGACCCAGAUAUCAUUUUUGACGAUGACACUCGUACUCCUAUUGUCAACGUCUAUCCUCAAGCAUUCCUACGAAAAUACGGUCACAUACAAUGUAACUCUAUCUUGCCUCAUUUCGCUCCAUUCAUGUCCAAGAUUCGCAAUGCUGUUUCGCGCUCGAGUCCCGAUCAAAAUCAGGAUCCAUUUGACGGCCAGACUGCGGAUGGUGAUGCAGACGAGUUCGAUCGCUUGCCCUCUGGAUCAUUACCCACUGUACUCUUCGCUAGUGGUUCCCAGUUUUACAACGAAAUUUCCCACCGCAUCAGACCAUCCGCUGACCUUCACGACGUCCAGCAAGGGCGCAUCACAUCGGCCCUCUCAGGCGCUUACUCUCACGGUCACGGCCAAACCACGCACCGCAUCGUGAUGAGGGAAUGCAGGCUCAAUCUCCCUCACCAACGCUAUGACAAUAAGAUCAAAGUCAACGAUAUUCCCCGGGCUUUGCGUCUAGAGAACAUCUACAUUUUUCAACUGGACUCCUUGAAGCGCCAUAAGCGCAAUGGAGCCUCCAUAUAUAGAGAUAUAGUGGUACCCUUAGCCAGCUCUUGGUCCCAUCCCACCAUAUUUCAGGCCCUCCGCCCCCAUCUUCUUGUAUUGACUUCAGAGGCAUUUCCCCAGGUAUACCAGUGGACUACCUACCCCAUCACGUCCCUGCUAGAGCGUAUUUGGGAUCAUUUUUCCCCCCUUGUCCAGAGAGGUGUGAAACCUGCCCCUCAAGCCAUUGAACUCUGUUCCGUACUUGAACGCGCUUUGGCUUAUGCUCACACUGGAAAUACCAAGGUAAUCGCUACCAGUCUCAUGAGGCCUUUGUGGUUGGUUCAGAGUCUGCUAGAACACGGCCUGCCUACCUUUUCCCCCUCUGUGCGCUUUGCUGCACCUCCUUCUAUUCCUAUUGCGAUCAGCCCUGCAGAUUGGCCAACACUCACCAACAUGAAAGUCCCAGCUAUUGCCUCCAAGCGCUCUCAAAUUUUGACAUACGGCAAUAACCACUUUGAGGUUUGUGGUUUCUUGUCUGCUGCGUCGGAACCGCCAUUCAUCCAGCUUGUCUCCCAGGCUUACAAAGCCGAGUUUCAUAUAACGCUUUCUGUGAAUCAACUCUCUUCCAACGCCUUCCUUGGGUACCCUAGCAAUCUCCGCCAUGCCAUUAUCAUUGCAUUGGUCGCUCUCCAGGUGUAUAUUGCCGAUGUCAAGACCCUUGUCACUAAAGCUGUCACCGUCGCCUGCAGUGACAUGGAGGCAGAGGAUGGUGGCGAUGGGGAACUUCAUGCAGCAGGGCGGCGCAAAGGCCUCCGCAAGUGGCUAGCCACUACUCAUCCUCUUGGCUAUGUUGAUAAAGGAUACGAAUAUUUGGUUUCAUGCGUGCAUGCUAAAUCUACGGAUCAUCAUGAAGGACUGCCCAACCCAACCAAUGUGAAGCUCUCCGUUCGUGAUUUUGCUCAGCUUAUCUGCAAUAUGUCUCGAAAGACCGACCCAGUCCUCGUUGCUGCUCCUCUCAUCUCCGGCGGUUGUUCUACCCCUGUCUUCCGUGUCGCCCUGGUCCAUAUGUGCAAGUAUGCCCCAAAAGACUCUCCAACGCAUGCGGACAAGUUCCUACACGAUGCAUUCAUUGUCGCCGCUAACCACCUUCAUAUCAACAACGUUCCGUGGAAUCGUCCUGCAGGACCCCGAGGCAGACGGUCCAGAAAGCCUGUUUUUGACUCUUGGGUCAAUCUAGGGAAAGCCGUAGAUCUGCAGGCAAUCAAGCGCAACCACACCCAGUCAGGCAACGCAGCAGCCGAAGCAUCCCAGCGAGCCCAGGCUGCUGACUCUAGGGCUGCGUGGUCUGCCGACUCUAUCACCCUGCAGUCACUGCCGGAUUAUAUUCUUAGAUCCCGACUUCCUGAUGAGUUUUCCCUUGAGAGCAUCGACCUUGCGGACAACUCAUCCUCAGACGGUCAAGAGCCCAGCUCGCGAGAGAUUUAUGAAUGGGUAUUUGCUAAUUUCAACAUCAAUAAACCACUGCAUCAAAUCGCCCUCAUAGCUGGCAUCUACGUCAGCAGGAUCAUCCCCGAUAUCUUCUGGGCCAACUCUGACAAGCCAAAAGCACAUGCCGUCACGGAUCACAUCGCUCUCACAAAUGCCAUUCGCGCCCUCCCAUGGAAGCCUAACGCUAGCGGCCGCAAAGGCUGCAAACUACCCCAGCAGUUCAUCGCCAUGGUGCCUGCCUACAUCCUAGCAGUGUAUGAUGAAAAAAGCCCUUUGCGCAUUCAUUGCGACAAGCGCAAGAAUUUCCCCAAGCCCUGGAAUGCAAAGAAUAGUGCAAAAGGGAUUGGUCCACUCCUUCUAGUGCGCUUAGGGCUUCUGAGAGCAGUGGCCGGCAGAGUCUGGAAGGGCGGUCCGCCUUUUGAAGAUUGGAAGCUGCUCUCCGGAGAAGCUGUAGCUGCAAAACAUCGGGAGAUCGCGGCAUGUCUGGCAGAUCGCCAGUAUGGACCUUUCCGAUUGGGAGUCAUGUUCUUGGGCAUUGACAAAGCUGUAAGUCUUGGGCGCACAUCUCAGACGUACACCAUCAAUCCUGCAAUCUCAUCCAUCAAGGCCAAUAAACGCGCAUCAAAGGACGACUCUGAUAGCGAUGACGUAGAGAUCAUUGAUGUUCGUAUGGCCAAACGCUCCCGCUCGACAUGA